UUUUUCCUCUCCACCAACGUGAAACCCCUUCCCAUACUUAAGCUUCCUAAAAAUCCUCUUCUUCAAUACUGAUCAGCUCCACUUAAAUCUCUCUCGCAUUUCUCUCUUGUUCCUACUUUUUCUCCAUCAAAUUUCUACUCCUUUUAAUCCAAAACUCCUUCCAUUAUCUGCUUCCUAAAAAUCCUCUUCUUCCUAAUUUCUCUCUUGUUCCUACUUUUUCUCCAACAAAUUUUCACCUCUAUUAAUUAGCGUCAAAGCAAAAGAUAUGCCUUCUUUGCCUGAACCAUCUUCUCUCUCCCGUAGAGAAAAAAGGAACCUAACUGAUCAACAAAGGCGAGAGAUUUUGGAGAUUCUGUUUUCAAAGAGUGCAUCUGGAAAAUUAAAAAGGGGGUGUCUCAAGGAGGUAGCUACAAUGUAUUCCGUCGAUCCGAGGACAGUACGACAAAUUGUGCAGAAAGCAAAUUCUUGUAUUGCCAAGGGAUUGACAGUUGAUGUAUCCCCCAAUUUGCGAGGACGAGUUGGCCGUAAGAGAGUGCAAUUGGACCUCAACAGAAUCGCUGCACUUCCGUACAGUCAACGAACCAAUAUCCGUUCAAUAGCAGAAGCCUUGGAAGUGCCGAGAACGACAAUCCAUCGGCGAGUUAAAGAUGGAAUGAUGAGGCCGCAUACCAAUCCAUUGAAGCCAUGCCUAAGUGAAGAAGUGCUUUUGAAGAAUUAUCACCUCAAACGCUAGAUAAUGUCUUCUUGACAUUACAAGCUUGUAUGAUUGAGAUCAUGAAGGUUAAUGGGGGAGUUGGUUACAAGGUGCCACAUAUUGGAAAAAGGUGGAUUGACGAGAGAUGAUAACCUGCCUACUCAACUUCAAUGUGACCAUGAUUUGGUGAAAAGUGUUAUGGCUCAUCUACAAAAUGGAGGCAAUAGAAGUAUGCUAAUGUUUUCUUUACGGUUGGAUGACAUCUUUGUCAAGAACUUUGUUUUUGUGUUUUUGGAUGAAACUUCAGGCAACUGGGGCUGUGAUUUUCUAUGGAGCUUGAAGCAAUUGUAAAUUGCUGUGAUUUUGUAUGAAAAUCGAAGCACUUGUAAAAAAAUCUGCUGCCUAUAAAUUUUUUUUGUAAAGGGUCUGCUAUGGUAGCAAACACAUAUCCUACUCCCUUUUUUGUUCUUUUCAUGUUUUUGUAUAAUUAACCUUUUGUAAGCUUAUUACCAAUCCUUUUGGUUGAUACUGGUGGCUAUGAUCCACAUAACUGUAUGUUUUGGACAAUAAAAUGAAGUUGUUUUGUA